ACAGCUCAAAACAAUAGAGUCAUCCAUGCAGAACCUCUGCUGAGCAAAGAGAGACAGAACGCUGAAUGAAACGCAGCCGAGAGCCAGAGGAUAGGGCGUAAAGUCACUCCGAUACACUAGUGCACAAGAACUGGCUGCAAAUAUGGCUGCAAAUUCAGUUUAUGACUUCACCAUGGACACCCUGGAGGGAAAAGCCGUCCCACUCAGCAUCUUCAGAGGAAAAGUUCUUCUCAUUGUGAACGUGGCAACCUUCUGAGGGUCCACCAUUGAAGAGUAUCACAGGAUGAAUGCACUCAUGGACAUGUAUGGAUGUCUGAACUUCACCGUGCUUGGAUUUCCCUGCAAUCAGUUCGGCCUACAGGCACCUGAAGAGAACCACGAAACCCUGAAUGUUCUGCAGUAUGUGAGACCUGGAGGAGGUUUUCUCCCAAAGUUCCCCAUCUUCAGCAGGAUUGAGGUGAACGGCGCUGAUGAAAACCCUCUAUACGCCUUCCUGAAGGAAACUCUGCCGUUUGUCAACCCUGUCAUUGGAGACAUCAGGAAGCUCUACUGGUCUCCCAUUAAGGUGAAUGACAUCCGAUGGAACUUCGAGAAGUUUCUCAUCACUGCAGAUGGACUUCCUUACAAACGGUAUGAUCUUCACUGUCCAUUUGAAGAUGUGGAGCGGGACAUUGCAGCGCUUAUGCAGGGAAGACAUUCAUCAUAACACAUUCAUAACCAGCUCUCUGAUUACGAUUCAGCUCAGUAGCAACUGUCUGUCUGGAUUCAUUCAGAUUCAACUUCUUCCUCUGUCCUAGAUCCAUUCAGACUUCAUAGACGUGAGAACUGUGCUUAGAAGUUAUUGAAUCUGUCAUUCUAAUGUUUUAAAGUCUUUCUCUAAGUGAAUCUCGUGAAAACGAUAUUCUAAAAUAAUAUUUUAUUAUUUUGUUCAUUCUGACAUCGGUUUAAUGACGAAUUAAGAACAU